AUGAGUGCUACUGACCUGUCGACACACAUCAUUGAUCCUGACGGUGAUGUGGUGAUCGUCUUACACGAUCCCAACCAUGCGUUUGCGCCCUGGAACAAGGCCGGAACCCCAGAGAUGGCUUCCCCUUCGUCAUCAGGCACAGAUGAGAAUGAUAAACAUGAGGGAAAUCCCAACGUGCAAUCUGUCAAAAUCUCCGGUGACUGCAAUAAGGAGGCGACAAAAGAGGUCCACCGUAUUCUAGUAUCCGGAAAACAUCUAGCUCUCGCGUCAUCCUACUUCAAGAAUAUGCUCCGCGGGACGUGGAAAGAGACCACCUCCCACUCCGCAACAGGCCCCAUGGAGAUAGCCGCAGAAGGUUGGGACUUGGAAGCACUCUUAAUCGUCCUCCAGGUAUUGCACUGCCAAAACUCACAGAUCCCGAGGAAGCUGAGCUUAGAGAUGAUUGCCAAGAUCGCGGUCGUGGCGGACUACUACCAAUGCAAGGAAGCGCUGGGAUUUUUCUCGCAGACUUGGCUUGAUUCACUGGACCAGGCGCCACCGAGCACAUACUGCAGGGAUCUUCUUUUGUGCACCUGGAUUUCGUGGUUCUUCGGUCGCCAGAGUCAAUUCCGGCAAACCACCUCGGCGGCGGCGUCGCGGAGCACCUCGCCCGUAGACAGCCUCGGCUUACCAAUUCCUGGUGCAAUCAUUGCUGAUCAAAACUCUAGGCCUCUCAUAAAUGAGAAGCGAACCAAAGCCAUCGCCAACAUUCUUCAGCAACUACACAGCAAACUAGAUCGGCUGCUCGGCUCCACCUCUUGUAUCUUCGAGUGCAGCUCAAUAAUGUAUGGAGCUCUCAGUAUAAGGAUGCAUUCGAGCGGUCUGCUAUACCCCAGGCCUGUGGCUCCAUUUUUGGGUAUAAGUCAUGAAGAGCUGGUGCAGCAGGUGUUGUCCUUCGAACCCCCAAAGUGGUGGUCCACGUCCACGAAGUACAACGACCGUCCACAUGAGUGUUCUUGGUCUUCCUUCAAGCACCUGGGGGGCAGUUCAAACACUGUUAUCUCCGGACUGGAUCUUUCCAAGAUGGCAACAUUGUGCACCAAUGACAAGACGGACACCCUUGUGGCCUCUUAG